GAGAAAGAACUAGUUAACGCACAAACAACCAACCAAGCCAACAGACCCUGACAGAAACACGAGAGAGAGAGAGAGAGAGAGAGAGAGAGAGAGUGGAGAGAAUGAAUCUUCAGCCUCCUUCGACGCAACGACUCGCCGGUGACCAGAGGUUGUCUCUCUCUGUUCCCCAUCGCUUCGCCACCGGAGGACUCCGACCACGACCACUAUCACCGCCGCCAUUCAAUCUCGCAUUCCUUCACCAGCGCACUCUCCCACUGCUCAACAGAAGCUCUCCGCCGCUUCUUCAAACCCUCGCCGUUUACUCCGGAGACAGGGACCACGCCACCGAAUCGCCGGCCAAGGCGCUUCGUCGGAUUCUGGAAUCGCCGGGGAUUCACCAGGGCCCUGCUUGUUUCGACGCUCUCAGUGCUAAGUUGGUCGAGAGAGCUGGCUUCCAGUUCUGCUUUUCUAGUGGGUUUUCGAUAUCGGGUGCAAGAUUGGGAUUGCCAGAUACGGGGUUUAUAUCUUAUGGAGAAAUGGUAGACCAAGGGCGACUUAUUACUGAAGCCGUCUCGAUUCCUGUGAUUGGGGAUGGUGAUAAUGGAUAUGGGAACGCAAUGAAUGUAAAGAGGACUGUGAAGGGAUAUAUUAAAGCUGGUUUUGCAGGGAUUAUACUUGAAGAUCAGGUAUCUCCAAAAGCUUGUGGUCAUACACAAGGCAGGAAAGUGGUGUCAAGAGAGGAAGCUGUGAUGCGGAUAAAAGCCGCUGUUGAUGCUCGAAAGGAGAGUGGCUCUGACAUUGUCAUUGUGGCGCGGAGUGAUUCUCGUCAAGCUGUAUCUUUUGAUGAAUCACUCUGGAGGUCAAGAGCUUUUGCUGAUGCUGGAGCAGAUGUUCUUUUCAUUGAUGCACUAACUUCAAGAGAAGAGAUGAAAGCUUUCUGCGAAACUGCUCCCCAAGUUCCAAAAAUGGCCAAUAUGCUUGAAGGAGGUGGAAAGACACCAAUUCUCAAUCUUCUUGAACUAGAGGAUAUUGGCUAUAAACUUGUGGUAUAUCCACUUUCCUUGCUCGGGGUAUCUAUUCAAGCAAUGCAGGAUGCACUUGUUGCUAUUAGGGGUGGUCGUAUCCCUCCCCCUGGAAGCAUGCCAUCUUUUGAAGAGAUUAAGGAAAUCUUGGGUUUCAACAUUUAUUAUGAAGAAGAGAAGCGGUAUGCUACUAGCAGAUCCAGCUUUGGCCAGCUAUCUUCGCAGAGAGUGAGCAGUAGUGUAUAUGAUAUUCAACAGAGGGCUCAAGAUAACACAGAGCAAAGAGAUCAAAGUCCUGAAGAUCCUGUAGUCGAAGUAAUAACUCCUGAUGUGUACAAUAACUAUGGUGCAGAUGGUUCAAGGGAUCCUUUUUCUGGGAUCUGGUCUCGUACGUUGAGAAUAAAGAUAACUGGAAGAGAUGGUUUUGAGAAACUUGAUGUUAGAAUUCCGGCUGGAUUCUUGGAAGGAGUCACCAAUAUAGUCCCAGCUUUGGGUGGAGUGAAUCUCAAAGCUCUGUUGGACGAUGCAGCUCAUGAACCAGGAGGGAAGCUCUUGUUAGAUUUUAAUGAUAGAAUCGGAGAUCGUAUCCAAGUAUUUCUGGACUAACCAACUUGCAACCAACCUUUGGCUAGUCCAUUAUUGCUGCAACCAGAGCCAUAUUAUUUUUUAUAGAUUAAAUAUAGAGACAUAUUAUGAGCAAAAAAAAAAAAA